AUGAAGGCACUGCAGCAACUUCAACACGAGGGUAUCGUCAAGUUUUACGGCUACAGUAAAACUACGCAUGUUAUAUCCCUGUUUAUUGAAUACAUGCCUGUGGGAUCUUUGUCCAAGUACAUAGAAAAGCAAGGUGGUGUUCUUACCGAGGCUAAGACCUUGGAAUUUACCAAACAAAUCACCGCAGCAGUUAUUUAUUUACAUGGUAAAAAAAUUAUCCACAGAGAUAUAAAAGGCUCAAAUAUUCUCUUGAAAAACGAGUCGACUGUAAAACUAGCAGACUUUGGUCUCAGCAAGAUGCUUGACACUGUUUCCAAAACUCGAACAGCACGGAUCGGAACCUUAUACUGGAUGGCACCAGAAUUAUUUAAAGGUGUUCCAUAUAGCUAUAAAGUGGAUAUUUGGUAG